GCUACUGCUUUCGCCCGCUUGCCUGCCAGUAGGAACAAUAGGGGCACCACAGAGCUGCGAGUCGCUGCCCUAGCAGUCGCCAUAGACGACACCACCAAUCGAGUUCUGUGUGGGUUCUACAGUGCAAUCUGAUUGCCGCUGGCUCCGUUCGAAUUCGAAGUUCGGUGUUGUGAUUCUGUGUGCAGGUUGUUCGAACAGCGGGGUGAAACUGUGAACCUCCAAAAUGACGACCGUGGUUAACACGGUAGACACCAGCCAUGAAGACAUGAUUCACGACUGUCAGAUGGACUUCUUCGGAACUCGUCUAGCAACAUGUUCGUCGGAUAUGAGCGUCAAGGUAUUUGAUUUGCGUGGAGGAAAUCAGAAGCUCGUCGCCGACCUGCGAGGCCAUGAGGGCCCCGUCUGGCAGAUUUCCUGGGCCCACCCCAUGUUCGGUUCACUUUUGGCGUCAUGUUCAUACGACAGGCGCGUCAUUAUUUGGCGUGAGAACGCUGGUCAGUGGACACAAUGGCACGAAUUUAAGAGUCACGAUAGCUCCGUGAACGCAGUACAGUUUGCCCCUUACGAGUGCGGUCUCAUGUUCGCGGCAGCCAGCUCCGAUGGAAGUGUUUCUAUUCUCAGUAGCGGUAAUAAUGGUGCAACUUGGGACCUCUCUAAAAUCACUGGAGCUCAUCUCAUGGGUGUUAACAGUGUCAGCUGGGCGCCUUAUGUGGCCCCUUGCUCGUUAUUUGAUAACGUGGAUCACCAGAUUGGUGACGCAAAUAGCGACCAUCAAAAUGGCGGAGCACCUGGAAGGCCUUAUAUGAGGCUAGUUACCGGUGGUAGUGAUAACCUCGUAAAAAUCUGGAAAUACAGCGAGGACCAGUCUUCCUGGGUUGAGGAACAGAGUCUGGAAGCCCAUCAAGACUGGGUACGCGAUGUUGCCUGGUGUCCAUCAGCAGCUUUCUCCAACUGUUCUAUGAUUGCCUCCUGUUCGCAGGACCGCACAGUUAUUAUUUGGACUUCCAAUGACGGGAAUAAAACUUGGAAGGGACAGGUACUGAAUACAUUCGACGACGUCAUUUGGCACGUAAGCUGGUCACUGAAUGGCGAUAUGCUGGCAGUGUCUGGUGGAGACAACAAGAUUACCCUUUGGAAGUGCUCGCCUGAUCACAGGUGGAUUUGUAUUUCGGAAGAUGGUGGAAGAAAGAUUCGCGGACAAACACCCCAUCCUGCCGAUCGUACUCUUUAAGUAAUAACAGGCUUUGCACAAUAUUAAUGAUAGUACGAAAAGUGGUUUGUGAUUGAGUAAUUUUCAGUGGAUAGGUACGAAGUUUGCGAACGAAAGGCACCGUAUGCGUAGCUAAUGCUUUUCGGGACGAGGGGGCAGAGAGAAAUAUAAAUUCUUACAAUAGAGGAGUGUAAAAAACAGAUAUGAGUGCUGUUAAGCACUUAGCUGAUAUUCCAAACACUGUGGCACACUCGAACAGUUUGCGAAGUAUAUUGAACUAAUAAUAAAGAUAAUAAUAAUAAUACAACAGUAAUAAACUAUUAUUAUAACAAUACACGUUGCA